AUGGCUGGGGAGGGAGAACCUACGUACGAGCAGUUCUCCCACCUUUACAAUAUCACGAAGUCAAAGUGUGCCGAUCACGGAGGCUGGGUCCAGGCCAAUUGUCUGAAGGCUGCCGAGCGUGGUCACUUCGUCAAUGCCGUCCCAACCUCGCAGAAGACAUGGAGGAAACGGCGGUUGCUUUUGUCCGGUGACUGGGAGUCGCCCUCGGGACACCCCGUCCGUUUCCACAUUUCAACGACGUUCCAAAUCGCUGGCAAGUUGAAGCAGUCGAGCGCCACACAAGCGGAGGUCCGGCAGAUCGAAAGGGUUAGGCUGAAGGUUCCUGCCGUUGAGAGGGUGUACCCGAAGUUUCUCUUCACCGCCAAUCUUAUCAAGGCCCGGCUUGUCAACCCUGCCGAGAGUAAGUAUACUCCUCCAUUUCGACAGUUCAAAAUGUAUAUCGACGAAUCUGACCGUCUCCUUCUUGCAGUGACCGAAGAGAGGAAGGCUGCCGAGGUGAAGAGGAUGAACGAGUCCUCGAAGAGACGCCUCAUGCUCGGCAUGCAGGGGAAGAAAAAGGGGCGGCAGGCCUCAACGGCACCGGUGCCUUCGGGAGGCGUGGACCCCGACGAUCUGACACUCAAUGAGCGCCGUCGCCAGAUGCAGGCCGAUUCGGCGCGUGCUGAAGCUACCGAAGCCGGUCCGUCCCCCGAGUUCCGCCUACCGAGGGCACCUCCUCCAAAGCUGCAGGCAAGAGGCCGUUCAUGGUGGACCUUGAUGCCGACCCCGCUCCAAAACGCGGGCGACAAACUGAGCCUGCUCGAGCCAUCUUUUCUGCCGAGGACGACGAGGCUCCUUCCGAAGCUGUUACUCUGGCCUGUCCUUCGAAGACGGUACAGUUUGUGA